AUGAUGUCUACGUCUACGGUUUUGCGUGUUAAGAGAAGACUCGAAGAAAAUCCGCAAGAUGCUUUAGUACUGCUGUGCAAAAAAGUAAAAACGAAUAGUGAGGAAAUUGCGCCCUCUUUAUUUGUAUUCAGAGGAACUGUUGAUAAUCAGGAACCAUUACUUGUUAAAAGUAUUGUACCUAAAGAUGAUGUGAAACAAAAAUCUAUAUCCAAUGUCGCAGAUAUCAUUAAAAAAAUCCGUAAAGAGAGGAAAGAUGUGUCAGUUGAAAAUCGUUAUGAAGUGGUCAAUUGUAGCAGAGGUCUGAAGGAAAAUGAGAGUGACAAUGAAGAUCUUUUCGAUUUAGUGGACUUAGCAAAGGCUAAUGACAAGGAGAAAGAUGUUGGCUAUAUUUAUGACCUGUACACACCUGCUAAGCCAGAUUUUGAUGUUUCUAUGUUGGAUAAUUUAGUAAGCAUAGAAAACUAUGAGACGGACUUGAUAUUUGGCUCAUAUAGAGACAAUGGGCUGUUGCCAUCAGACAAUGAAGAAGAUGAAGAUGAUGACUCUAAUGAUGAAAAUAAUUGGAGGAAUGACUACCCAGAUUCAGAGCCAAGCAGCAUUGAUGAGGAUGACAUGAUAAAGGCAAUGGAAAAGUGUGAUAUAGAUGACGAUUUAUCUAGUGACACAGGCGAAGACAAGAUCUAUAACGACCCACCGGAUAUUUUCAACGAAGACGUCAAACGAUACGGCGCCGCCUACGCCGAAUACAAAGCCAGAGUGAUGUCAAUGGAGCCAGAUCAAUCAGACUGUAGAAGCCUCGUCGUCUGUACGAGGGUGAAAGAUUUGGAUGAGGAGUCAAUAGAAGGCUACAAAGACGACAGCGAUGAUGGGUUCUACUAUGGCCAGGAAGAGGACUCGAAACAGUUCCGAGAGCAAUACGAUCAGGACCUAUCUGAUGAGUACAGUCCUGAU